UGGACCCAUUGAUUUCCUACACCUCACUGGCUCCCCGCAAGAGACCCAGGGCGAUUGGAGUUGUGAAAGUGUAGCAAUUGUCGAGCUGCGGUCUCUCCUUCGUCGGCCUUCUCCGCCUUCCCUCGCUCUUCUCUUCUUGGCACCGUACUAUCAUCGUCCUGCUACUGCUUCCUCAGGUCGAUCGCAUUGGAACCCUUUCUCUCCAGCUAGGGCGCGGGGUGACCCUCCGCAGCAGCAGGAAUCAUGAAUAUCUCCCAGCCUGUGGUCUCAUCGGUAGAUAGUGUCGAGUUCACCUUCCUCUCUGCCGAGGAGAUCCGGGCUUUCUCCGUCAAGAGGAUCGAAAAUGACAACACAUUCGACACUCUGCUGAACCCUGUCCCAGGCGGUCUUUACGACCCUGCCUUGGGCGCCUGGGGCGAAUCCCUCUGCACAACUUGUAACCUGGGACCGUCGAGCUGCCCUGGGCACCCGGGCCACAUCGAGCUGCCGGUCCCCGUCUACCAUCCUGUCUUUAUGGACCAGACGUUGCGUCUGCUGCGAGCGCAAUGCGCAUACUGCCACAAGUUCCGCCUGCGCCGUACAGAGAUCCAUCGCUUCGUGUGCCUCUUCAGGCUACUCCAGUACGGUCUUCUGGCCGAGGCACGCAUUCUCGAUGCCAUGGGGGAAACCAUACCCGGCCUCUCCACCGCCAACCGCCUGCGCCACGAGGAUGAGUCCGAGUCCGAAGCAGAGGACGAGUCGAAUCUAGAGGAUGCUGUCGUCCGGAAGAGGGACUCGUAUGUGCGCAAGGUUCUCAAGCGCCACCGAAUUAGCAUCGGCGAGAUACGGAAGGGGAAGCACGAGGGCGCGUCUGAAAUGCGCAGAGAGUUGGUGAAGGACUUCCUGAGGGACAUCGCCAAGGGCCGUAUAUGCGCCAGCUGUCAAGGCAUCUCGCCCACGUACCGGAAGGAUGGCUUUGUCAAGAUAUUCGAAAAGCCCCUUUCAUCCAAGGAGCAGGCCAAGAUGGCACAAGGAAGCUUCAAGCUUCGCGACGCCAUGGUCAUCCGUCAGAAACCCAAGCGGAAAGACGAAGGCUACCAAUCUGACGAGGCCAUUGCCGACGUGGACAUGCAGUCUUCCGAUUCUGCGGGCGAGGAGAGCGGCGAGGGCGAUGACCUGGAUAAAAGCGGCAAAGUCGUGAAAGUCCCCAACUCCAAACAACCCAACAAUGCUGGUAGCUCAACGACACACCGUUACCUCACAUCGCGAGAAGUCAUGGAAAGACUGAACCUCCUGUUCAAAAAGGAGCAUGAAGUCUUGAGCCUGUUCUACAACUCUAAGCCCAGCAGCAAGAGCUCGAAGAAGCUUGCGGCCGAUUUGUUUUUCAUCCAGACCGUCUUGGUGCCGCCCAGUCGAUACCGGCCAGAGGCCCGGACCGGCGAUGCCCAGGUCGCUGAGGCGCAGCAGAACAACCUGUACAAGAUGGUUCUUCGGAGCGCGAAUAAGGUCACCCAGACUUUCCGCGACCUUCAGGAUCCCAACAGCAUGUUGUCGCGACGGCACGGGGGUGACAACACGGUACUGUACGAGGCCUGGACCGAAGUGCAGAACAGCGUCAACUCGCUGAUCGACUCCACCAAGAACCCGGCCCAGGGGGCUGCCGCCAAGGGCGCCGAGGAAGGCAUCAAGCAAAAACUCGAGAAGAAAGAGGGCCUUUUCCGGAAGAACAUGAUGGGCAAACGGGUCAACUACGCGGCCCGCAGUGUCAUCUCGCCCGACCCAAACAUCGAGACCAACGAGAUCGGCGUCCCGCCCGUCUUUGCGCGGAAGCUAACCUACCCGGAGCCUGUCACCAGUCACAACUUCAAAGAUAUGCAACAGGCUGUGAUCAACGGUCCCGACAAAUGGCCUGGCGCUACCGCUAUCGAGAAUGAAAACGGCCAGGUGGUCAACUUGAGGAACAAGUCGCCGGAGGAACGUGCGUCGCUUGCUAACCAGCUGCUGGCGCCGACGAGCAAUAACUCCGGCGGAAUGCGCAACAAGAAGGUCCAUCGCCACAUUUCCAACGGUGACGUCGUUUUGAUGAACCGCCAACCUACCCUGCACAAGCCGUCCAUAAUGGGUCACCGAGUCCGGGUCUUGCCGGGCGAGAAGACCAUCAGGAUGCACUACGCCAAUUGCAAUACAUAUAAUGCGGACUUUGAUGGAGACGAGAUGAACAUGCACUUCCCCCAGAACGAAAUUGCCAGGACUGAGGCACUGCAGCUUGCCGACACAGACCAUCAGUACAUUUCCGGUACCGCAGGCAAGCCACUGCGUGGUCUCAUUCAAGACCAUCUUUCAGUGUCAGUGGCCCUCUGCAACAAGGACACUUUCCUUGACCGAGGUGCCUACCACGAGCUGGUCUACAACGCCUUGCGCCCAGAGAGUGGCCACAUCCUCCGCGAGCGAAUCGAGCUUGUCCCGCCCGCCAUCAUCAAGCCUUUUCCACGGUGGACCGGAAAGCAGGUGAUCACGACUGUUCUACGCAACAUCAAGCCCCUCGACUGCGGCGACUUGUGGAUGAACGGCAAGAGUUCUGUGGCUGCGAAUCUUUGGGGAGUACACGUCGAAGAGGGACAUGUCAUGUUCCGGGACGGCGAAUUCAUCUCAGGCAUCCUGGACAAGGCCCAACUCGGCCCCAGCUCCGGAGGCCUGAUCCACUCAGUACACGAAGUCUACGGGCCCGCUAUUGCCGGCAAGCUUCUCAGCAGCCUAGGCCGACUUCUGACCAGGUAUCUCAACAUGCGCGCCUUCACAUGUGGCAUGGACGACCUAAAGCUUACUGCGCAGGGUGAGGCCGACCGGAAACGCAUUAUCGAGACUGGGGCGCACACUGUGGGCCUCGAGGUUGCGGCCAAGUAUGUGAGCCUUGACAAGCAAGCCCCAGGCAGCACCGACCCCGAGCUUCUUCGUCGACUUGAAGAAGUUAUGCGGGAUGACAGCAAGCAGGAAGGACUUGACGCGUUGAUGAACAGCGGGAGCAAGGACAUGUCGACAGCCAUCACCAAGGCGUGCCUUCCCGCGGGCCUCGAGAAGCAAUUCCCCAAAAAUCAAAUGCAGGCAAUGACUGUGUCGGGAGCCAAGGGAGGUCAAGUCAACGCCAAUCUCAUCUCGUGCAACCUGGGGCAACAGGUUCUAGAAGGCAGGCGAGUCCCGUUGAUGGUCAGCGGCAAAUCUCUUCCUUGCUUCAAACCAUUCGAGACAAAUAUCCGGGCAGGUGGCUACAUUGUGAACCGCUUCCUCACGGGAAUCAGGCCGCAGGAGUACUAUUUCCAUCACAUGGCUGGACGUGAGGGCCUAAUCGACACUGCUGUCAAGACUUCGCGUUCCGGGUACCUCCAGCGUUGCUUGAUCAAGGGGAUGGAGGGCCUAGAGGUUGGAUACGACAACUCGGUCCGCGACUCGGACGGCUCCCUUGUGCAGUUUCUAUAUGGCGAGGAUGGACUCGACGUGGCCAAGCAAAAGUACCUCACUGAUUUCACCUUCGUCCUCCAAAACCUCAAGUCCGAAGUCGCCCAGCUGAACAUCGCCGACCCACGAACCGAGCCUUUGUUCGAUCAGAGGGACGAGAUCAUGAAGCAGAAUAGGUCCAACGUCAAGAGGGCCAAGGCAAACCCCAUGUUCGCCGAGGAUCCUGUCAACGCCAUUCUCAACCCCGCGCUCCACGCGUUUGCCACGUCGGAGAAGUUCUUUGACAAAAUGUCAUCGUAUCUCAAGGACAACCCGGAUGGCCUUGUCAAGGAGAAAGACAAGGAGAAGAAUGCACAGCGACAGGACCUAUCUUUGCCAUCGUCGCGAGCCCGCCUGGGCCGCAAGCUUGCGGAGAAGGUGCUGUCGGCCAAGUACAUGAGGUCUUUGGUGCAUCCAGGGGAGGCUGUCGGCAUCGUGGCUGGGCAGUCGGUCGGAGAGCCUUCGACACAGAUGACACUCAACACCUUCCAUCUUGCUGGUCACUCGGCCAAGAACGUCACGCUUGGUAUCCCUCGUCUCCGAGAGGUACUGAUGACGGCCAGCACCAAAAUCUCCACGCCUGCGAUGACGCUGAUUCUCAACGAGGAACUGUCCCAUAGCGACGGCGAGAAAUUUGCCAAGAGCAUCAGCAUCCUCCCGCUGGCUCACGUCAUGGACAAGGUGACCGUCUUCGAGAGGGUUGGGGCGGGCAUCGCUCACCCUCUGGCCAAGCUGUAUGACAUAAGGCUCCGCUUCUUCCCAUCCACCGAAUACACCAAGACGUAUGACAUCGGCAUAACCGACGUGUUGGACACUGUCGAGGCGAAGUUUGUUGGGAUUCUUAGCAAGUUGGUGCAGAAAGAGGUCAAGAAGAAGAGCUCGGAUGUCAGCAGCGCGACUCCGGUGGUUGGCGAAAAGUCUGGCGUCAUCGAGAUGGCCACAGCAGGCCCGAGUGAAGGCGGCCGUGCUGGGGAGGACGAUGAUGACGAGAGCGAAGAUGACGACGGCGACGCCACGGCUGCGAAACAGAGAGCGAACAGAAGCGAGGCGGUCUCGUAUGGUCCCAACGACGACGAGGACGACGCGAUCCAGAACGAGAUGCAGCAAGAUACCGAGUUCGACGACGAAGGAUUUGGAGGUAGCCCGCCUCCUAGGCCGCCAAAGAUGAAGAUUCCGGGGGCUGAUGACGAGCUCGAGAGGCUGGGAGGCGACGACGCGAUGGUGGCUGCCGCUUCCAAGAACCGCGAGCGCCGGAUACGGGAUAAGCAUCCAGAGGUGACGAGAUUCCGGUGUGACGAGACAUCUGGGGAAUGGUGCGAGAUGACACUCGAGUUCAGCGCCAGUAUCCCCAAGAUCUUGAUGCUUAGCUUGGUUCAGGAGGCUGUCCGCAAGGCGCUCGUCCACCAGAUAGCGGGUAUCAUGAACUGCACCUUUGUUUCAAAUGCCGAGGUAACAGAUCCGCGGACAGGCGAGGAGAAGAGGAUGGCCGUGGUUCAUACAGCCGGCUCCAACGUACGCGCCAUGCAACAGUAUGCCGAGUAUAUCAACCCGAACAGGAUUUCCACCAACGAUAUCGCCGCGGUGCUGGAGAUCUACGGCGUCGAAGCCUGUCGGAACAGCAUCAUCCAGGAGUUGCGUGCCGUCUUCGAGUCACACGCCAUCGCCGUCGACAAUCGACACCUCAAUCUGAUCGGUGACCACAUGACCAAGAGCGGCGGCUUCACCCCAUUCAACCGAAUGGGGCUUCGUGGAAACGUAAGCCCCUUCACCAAGAUGAGUUUCGAGACGACACUCGCGUUCCUGAAGGACGCAGUGCUGGACGGCGACUGGGACGACCUGUCAACACCCAGCAGCCGUAUAGUGCUAGGAAGGCUAGGCCAUGUCGGAACUGGUGCUUUUGACGUUCUGACCCAGGCGCCUAUGAAUCAUUUUGAUUCGUUUGCCUCCCAUUGAGUCACAUCCCAUCGAGGCAGAUGGACCAGCGGUUGUAUGAGAGAGAUUAUGCCUGUGGCCGGUUGGGCCGCUGUGUACUUAGGUAGUUGGUCCAAGAUAUUUUACGCAUAUUUGUUUUCUGUGCUUGAAACAGCAGCUCUACGCAUAUAUUCCGGAUGCGACAACAAAUGUGUGUAGCAUUGCCUUCCAGCCAGCCCAACUUAAGUCUACCCGUUUUGUUCACAGCGGC